AUGUCAUAUUCAGAAAAAGAGUUUAUUGUGCGUGCUUCCACAUCAAAAAUAGGUCCAACUAUGGCUCAUAAGUUGAGGGCAAGUCUGAGAGGUGGGUAUGAGUUUGUAAAGCCCAAAGUAGUUGACUAUAAAAAUUUAAUGAGAGAUAUCAACAGGGUUAUUGGUUAUAAAGAUGCCCAAAUGAUAGUAAACACAAUGAAUGACCGUCGAGCUCACUAUCCAAAUUACUCAUUUGAGUUUAAUUGUCAAGAGGAUGUUUUGGACUGUAUGUUUUGGGCUGAUGAAACGGAGAAGGCAUAUUAUGCUGAAUUUGGUGAUGUUAUCUCGUUUGAUGCGACUUUCCGAACAAACAAGUAUCGAAUGGUUUUUGUUCCGUUUACUGCUAUUGACCAUCAUAAAAAAUCGGUUACUGUUGGAUCUAGGUUGCUAAGCAAUGAAAGCAUUGAGUCUUACUCUUGGUUGCUUAAAGCAUUUCUUAAAACUCAUGGGAAAGAACCAACACUUGUUUUAACUGAUCAAGAUGCUGCAAUAAAACAAGCUGUUGAGAAUAUGUUUUGUAAUUCAAAGCACCGAUUAUGUAUGUGGCAUAUAAUGAAAAAGUUGAAAAAAAAGAUAUCAGAUGAUUUAUUUACAAACACAGACUUUAGAAAAAGGUUUUCGAAGCUUGUUUGGGACAUUAAUAUGGAACCUGAUGUUUUUGAGGUGAAGUGGGGUUUGCUUAUGAAGGAAUUCAAUCUUGAAGACACAAGAUGGUUUAAAGACAUGUUUACAAUACGUGAUUCAUGGAUACCUGGAUAUUUUAGUGAUAUUCCAAUGUGUGGUUUGAUGAAGACUAUAUCGAGGUCAGAGAGUAUGAAUUCAUUCUUUAAUACAUAUUCAGAAAGUGGGAACUUACUUUUGAAUUUCAUGAUGAAUUACGACACUACCAUUCAAAAGCAAAGGAAUACUCAACGAGAGCUUGAUAGGGCAUCAAAGAAAGCAUCAUAUAAAAUGCAAACACCUCGAGAAAUAGAACUGCAAGCAUCAAAGAUUUAUACAAGUACAUUAUUUUUUGAGGUUGAAAUAAAAGCUGAAGAGAAAGAAAUAAAUUGCAGUUGUGAACAUUUUAAGUGUAUGGGUGUUUUAUGCAGACAUGCUUUUACAAUAAUGAUGAGAUGUGGUGUUAAAGAAAUUCCUGAAAGAUACAUUUUGGAGAGAGGAGAAAGGAUUUUUGAAUCAUGUUUGGAUAUUGUAAGAGAUGACAAAAAGAGAUUGGCUUUGUUUGCUGAGAAACAACAAAUGUUGUUGAAGGAAUUUGAGAGUGAAUAUAUUUCUCCUGGAUUGAAAAGCAAGACAGAUGGUGAAGUCGUAUGCAAGCUUUUGGGUGUUACUAUUCCUAUUCCAGAAGAGAUUAAUAUUCAUGUUCCUGAAGUUCAAAGCAAUAAAGGUUCUGGAAUCAAGAAAAGAAUUCCAAGUGCAGGUGAAGUAGCAUAUGAAAAUUCUAAAAAAGAACAUAGAAUGUGUUCAGGAUGUGGAAAGCGAGUUCCACACAAUUUACGUACUUGUCCAGAAAGAGUUGGAGUUGCUAAAUCAACAAAAGACAGUUAG